AUGUUUGCCUGCCUGCGCAACAUUUACGAGGAGCAGACCGCGCCGCCAUCGAAACCCGGUUUACUACCUUCCCCAUCUACAGAACGGCGGUUACGGCGUGCCGUGUUUGCCGCGGUGUCAUCGAGCGAGCGCCGUCUUACUCAACUUCAUGAGGAGCGAGAAAGGAAAUCGGAAGGGGGUAUUGUUGCUGCUGAGGACCGCAAGUCGAUAGAGCGACGCCUGACGCAAUUCAUCGCCCACACUGUGCAGGAUCACCUGCGAGCUGUCAAACUCGAGUCCACGCUCGUCUCUCAUUCUUGCAAGCAACAGAGAAACAACGAGGACGGCAGAGACGAGUCCGCUGCAAGAGCUCAGGCAGCACUUCUGUGCAGUGCGGAGGAAUUGGCGCAGCUGCUCUGGAUGAACCGCACCAUGGCGCUUGGCGCCACAAUAUCUGCACUAGAGGGGAAGUGCCCCGCCAACGAGGCCUUGCUUGAGGCCGUUCGGCAGCCAGCGGAGAGACGAGCACCGGAUGUGAGGGAAACUAUUCUUUGCGUGCGGAACUCAUCCCCAGCGCUGCGGGCUGUCUUGUUGGAUGGACCGAUGAUUGCCGCCGGGACCCAUGUGGAAGGAGGGAAGGAAAAAGAUGUCAUACCAAUGGAGGAUGAGGAUGGCGACGCAGAAACUGCGCCGGAUCAUCAUCUUAAUCCGAAUCCUCAGAGCGAGGCGGGGGUUAAGAGGUUGCGGACAGGCACGGAGGAGGCCAGCGGUUUGAAAGGGCGGCGCUUGGGCAAGCGGCAGCCCUUUGCACUAAAAGUCGAUGGAAGCCUUCUUCGCUCAUUCCAGGACGAUCCAGCAUUGCCCACAGUCAGUCCGUCGUGGGGGAAUCCGAUCAACAACAACACCAUUCAGCAGAAACAGCAGCCAUUGGAGACUCAGCGGGAGCCUGAAGCCGUACUUCAAGGCGAAAUUAAUUUGCAGGCCACCUCCCAAGCCAAGUGCCAAAUGAAACUAGGUUUGGACUGCGGCGGCAAACUCUCAUUCGCACAAGCGCCGGCCAUAUCUUCAUCACACACAUCGGGUGUAGCACCCGGACCCUCACCAUUUACAGUUGGCAGCGAGGCGCCGCGGCUGCAGCCCUCUUUUACUUCUCAAUCAACCGCACCACCGCUCUUCGCCAUCGAGCAGAGACCGCAUCCAUUACCUGAAGGAUGGCUGACGGACGAGAGCGUUGAAAAGGCUCCCGCGGAAGGAGUGAAACGCGGCAUAAAUGCAAGAGAGCCCCGUGGUGGAAUUCGUGCAGUGAUCUCAAAGAGGCGACUGGAUGAAACUGGGGAGGCUCAUGCCAAAGUGGGAGGGCAAAACAACGGCGGAUUCGUUACUGCGGGUGAGCAGCUGGUGGCGGAUGUGAGGGCUGGAAGAACUGCGCCCUCGAGUCUCUCGUUGCAGCGCCGAACACCCGCGUUGGGUCUACGGCGUUCCAGCUUCACACCUCCGUUUCAACAACAGCGGCAGUCGACACCGCCCCCAAAAAGUGAUGCUCCGAGCGCAACAACAGGCGUAUCUUCGGCAACGUUCGUUGGUGAGGUGUUGAGUUCGAUUCACAAGAAUUCCACGAAGGGGUCCCACGACUCAACGACGCGAGGGGUGCGUGGCGGUCACGGCACUGCAGAAGACCGCGACGACAGCGACAGUGAGUGCAGUGAGUUUCCGGCGUCGUUGCUUCUUCCGGAUGGAUCUGUGCCGCCUAUUUUAAAGCCUCUCGACCCAAAGCUUGUAACCCAAGUUGCGAUGGAAAUCCUGGAACACGGGGCCGGGGCUGCGAACGUGGGAUGGGACGACAUCCGCGGACUUGAGCAUGCG